CCAUUCUGUGUCAGUCACCUGAAUGUGAGAGAGACACAGAGAGAAAGAGAGAGAGAGCAAGGAACAAGAAACAGGAGCUGUUCUUUCAGGCAAGCUGCUCUCGCAUCUCCAAGUGCCGGGGACAGAAUCCGAAGGAGAGAGCAACAGGAUGAAGAGGUACAAGGACCAUCUGCAGCAGCCGGUUACACCAGAUCUGCUGAUAAGCCCAAGUGAUCGAGAUGAGAAUGAAUUGGACAUGGAAUACCCAGAGGAGAGAGGGAACUGGACUGGAAAGUUGGAUUUUCUGCUCUCCUGCAUUGGAUACUGUGUUGGCCUUGGAAAUGUUUGGAGAUUUCCAUACAGAGCGUAUACCAAUGGAGGAGGGGCUUUCCUCAUUCCAUACUUCAUCAUGCUGGCGGUUUGUGGUAUCCCUCUAUUCUUCAUGGAGCUGUCUCUCGGGCAGUUCUCGAGUCUUGGGCCACUGGCUGUGUGGAAGAUAAGCCCACUUUUCAAAGGUGUUGGGAUGGGAAUGCUCCUAAUUGUGGCCCUGGUGGCCAUCUACUACAACAUGAUAAUAGCCUAUGUGCUAUUCUACCUCUUCGCCUCUCUGACCAGCAGCCUACCCUGGGAGCACUGCGGCAACUGGUGGAACACUGAGCUCUGCCUGGACCACCAUGUAAUCCGGGCCAGCAACUCUGCGCUGCCAAUCAACAUGAGCAGCACAGUAAGCCCCAGCGAGGAGUACUGGAGUCGCUAUGUUCUUCACAUACAAGGAAGCACUGGAAUUGGAGAUCCAGGACAGAUUAGGUGGAAAUUGUGUCUGUGUCUUCUCCUAUCCUGGACCAUUGUGUAUCUCUGCAUAUUAAAGGGGGUAAAAUCAUCUGGCAAGGUUGUCUAUUUUACAGCCACCUUUCCCUACCUAAUUCUGGUCAUGCUGUUAAUUCGUGGAGCAACAUUAGAUGGUGCGUGGAUAGGAAUUAAGUUCUACCUUACCCCCCAGUUUGACCACCUUUUGUCUUCAAAGGUGUGGAUAGAGGCAGCCCUACAAAUCUUUUACUCCCUUGGAGUCGGGUUUGGUGGUCUUCUCACGUUUGCCUCAUAUAACACAUUCCAUCAGAACAUUUACAGAGACACGUUCAUUGUUACUCUUGGAAAUGCCUUUACAAGUAUAAUAGCUGGAUUUGCAAUAUUCUCAGUGUUGGGGUACAUGUCUAAGGAACUUGGGGUCCCUGUUGAUCAAGUUGCAAAAGCAGGUCCUGGCCUUGCCUUUGUUGUUUAUCCACAGGCUAUGACAAUGCUUCCUCUCUCUCCUUUCUGGUCCUUCCUCUUCUUCUUCAUGCUUCUAACACUCGGCUUGGACAGCCAAUUUGCAUUCAUGGAGACCAUUGUAACGGCCAUCACAGAUGAAUUUCCGUACUACCUAAGACCAAAGAAGGCUUUCUUUUCUGCUAUUAUCUGCAUUAUUUUGUUCCUGCUAGGGCUAAUUCUAACAACAGAUGGUGGAAUGUAUUGGUUGGUGUUGCUGGAUGACUACAGUGCCGGGUUUGGCCUUCUGGUAUUAGUAAUCACCUUCUGUCUCGUGGUCUCUCGAGUGUAUGGAAUGAAGAAUUUUUGCAGAGAUAUCCAAAUGAUGCUUGGAUUCAAGCCAGGAAUCUACUUCAAAGCUUGUUGGACCUUUCUAUCACCAGUUACACUAUUGGGCUUAUUGGCUUACAGUAUAAUAAAAUAUCAACCAUCUCAGUAUGGAAGCUACCAGUUCCCUUUAUGGUCAGAAGCUCUGGGUAUUCUCAUGGGGCUCAUGUCUUGCAUGAUGAUCCCCAUUGGGAUGUUGGUUGCUGUUCUACAGGAAGAAGGAACGUUUUGGGAGAGAAUACAACAAGCCAUCCGACCAGCUAUGGACUGGGGUCCUUCCCUUGAAGAAAACAGGACAGGCAUGUAUGUGAACACAUUGGCUGGCAGUCAGUCACCCAAACCACUGAUGGUCCACAUGCGGAAAUAUGGAGGAAUAACAAGUUAUGAGAACACAGCUAUUGAAGUUGACAAAGAGAUAGAAAAGGAAUCCAUGAUGUGAUGUUGAAGAGUGAGGCAGUGGAACUCAGUAAGAUAAUGAGGCCUCUCUCCCUCCAGGGCUGGAUCAUGCUUCCCAUACAAAGGACCUAACUAUCCUUAGUAAUGUGCCCAACCUGGCCUCUCCAGAAAGAGGUCUUAGAUUAAAACAUGCUAUCACCUGGUAGCUCUUUGUUUGGUUUGUGGUUGUCCUAUUUUGGUAAUGUCACAAAAUUUGUGACUCUGUGUGUACACGUUUUUGUGCUUGGGUGAACCCCUGUUACCUUAAUGUCCUUUUUUAGGAUGUAUUAGUACAGGUGACCACAAAUGUGUUGAUGGUGUUACUAAAGUUUUUAAUACAGACAAUGUCCGGAUAUAGGGAUCAAAUAAUUAACCCAGUUUUACAAAACAUAACUUGCAGAUGUUUGUCAUAGACCUUUUUGUUGCAUCUUCAUGUUUAGUCAUGGUGAGGUUUUUUUAAAAGCACCAGUCCCUAGUGAUAUGAAUGUAACAUAUGACUUCAAAGGGCUUUAUCAGGUAAAUAUUUUUCUAGGCUGGAAGCAGAACCAUAGGUAGUUACCCCACCCAUAUUUCCAUAGUUCCUUUAGACUGGAAGAAAGCUAUUAUGCCUUGGAGCUGUCCAGACUGGUUCCAUGAUAGAAUUGCCGGGUGGACAGCUCCAGACAGAUAUAGCAGUGUCCAGCUCUGCUAAUGCUCUAACUUUAUCUGCCUUCAUCCUGCCAUGAUCUCUAAUUGUCU